UCUUAUUUGAUUUACCAUUUGACAUCUACUAUCACUGAUUGUUUGUUGAUACACAUUGAUGGAUAUUGUCCAGAUAUUUAUUAUAUAUUUUUUAUGUAAUCUAUUUUCAACAACCACAAAAUUUCAAGUUCACUUAUGGCUAAGACUGGUUUGUUAAUUUGUUCAAAUCUUCAUGGUUUGUUUCGAUCAUUUCCACAAAUUCAACGUGAUAUACAAAAUACAUUGUAUGUUCAUUUCUUCCUCAAUCCAGUACAAGACAGAAACGCUUUAAGAAAUAAGUAUACAAUUAUAAACGCAUAUAAACAUUUAAACCCAUUACAAAUUGAUGUACGCGUACUCUUGUGUGGCAUCAAAAACAACACUAAUUCUGCUAUUGUUACUAAACGUCCUGUUGACAUAAUUUAUUAUGAUGAUCAUAUUCAAACUGAUCAAAUAGCAAAUUUAGUAUCUUUAUUGAUCAAUAAAUCCCCAAAUUUUAUAACAAUACCUAUUCAAACCACUUUAAAUAGUAAUGUAUCCAAAUUUAAAGAAGAAAUUUGUGAUACUGUGGAUAAUAACCUUUAUGAAAAUGUUGUUAUGGGUGGAACUUUUGAUAGGCUCCAUAAAGGUCAUAAAAUAUUAUUAAGUACAGCAGCUCUAAAAUGUACAAGAAAAUUAACAGUUGGUGUCACUGACACUUCAAUGUUACAAUCUAAAAGAUUAUGGGAAUUAAUAGAACCAUGCGAUAUUAGGAUUAAACAUGUUGAAGGGUUUUUAAAGGAUAUUGAUCCAUCUUUAGAGUAUAAUGUUUUACCUAUUUAUGAUAUAUAUGGUCCUACGAUUCACGAUCCAAAAUUUCAGAUGAUUGUUGUUAGCCAAGAAACUAGUAAAGGGGGAGAUAUGAUCAAUAAUAAAAGAGUUGAUGCAGGUUUACAACCCCUUGAUAUAUUACCUAUACCAUUAUUAGUUGAAGAUAAAACACUAUUUAAUUGCUGUGAAGAGGAAGAGAAUAAAAUAAGUUCGAGUAAUUAUCGUAUGAGAUUGUUGGGUACUCUUAUAAGACCACCAAAACUAAAUAAUAAAUCUCCAUAUAUUAUUGGACUCACGGGUGGGAUUGCAAGUGGUAAAUCAUCAAUAGCAAAUUAUUUAAAAGAUAACGGUGCUUUUAUUAUUAAUGCUGAUACUCAAGCACAUAACUUGUAUAAUAUAAAUCAGCCUGCCUACAAACCUGUUAUAGAUGCUUUUGGCUUGGAAAUACUAAAUGAGAAUAAAGAAAUUGAUAGGAAAAAAUUGGGUGCUAUUGUUUUUAGUAGUAAAGAUGAACUUAAAAAGUUAAACAAUAUCAUGUGGCCACUAAUUUUAGAAAAAAUAAAUAAUGUGAUACAAUCAACUAAGAAUUAUGACAUAUUUGUAAUAGAAGCUGCUGUUCUUUUAAUGGCUAAUUGGCAAAGUCAUUGUCAUGAAAUAUGGGUAACAAUUAUACCACUUGAUGAGGCCAUUGCAAGAUUACAAACUCGGAAUAACCUUAGUCGAGAGGAAGCACUUAAACGAAUUAAUUCUCAGCCCUCAAAUAGUGAAUAUGUUGCAAGGGCUAAUGUUUUGUUUUCAACAUUAUGGAGUUAUAACUGCACUAAAAUUCAGUUGAAUAAAGCAUGGAAUAAUCUUAUUAAUAGAUUAUCAAACUGAUUAUUUGUUAACAAUUGUAUAAUUUAUUGUCUAUUAAAUUUUUUUAGUGAUA